CUGGCGAGAACAGUGCUCGGCUCGCUGGAAUGCUCGUCGCUGGGCCCGCCUCCGCAAAUACCGCGCGGCCCUGCUACGCGGGCACCCCGCGCGGGUUUGCUGCGGCUACGCUCCUCGCAACCGCGAGCCUCCGUUGGUCCUCUUCUAUAUCACAUUCACCCCCCCUCGACCCCCAUAAAAAAGACUGUGUACGUAAGCACUCUCUUGUACGUAUGUAGGCAGCGGCUCCUUGCCGGCCAUCGCAAAUACAAGGAUUGCAGCUGA